CAGCCGUCCCAGCCGGGCUGGGCCGGGUUAGCGGCGCCCACCGCCCGUGCUCUGCGGGAGCGCGGACGUCCGGCGUGUUUGGUGCGGCCGGCCAGCCAUAGUGCGGCUAUCCGCAGCGUCGCUCGCCUGUGUUGCACUGCAGCUUGACAUCGUCCGCCUCCACCUGCAGCCGUGUGCCGCGGCCCUCGGCGACGCUGCCAACCGCCGACACCGAGAACGGGCUGACGAUCUGCGGCGCGGGAGACGGCCGGCCGUCAGUCAUGACACUCUCAGCUCAGAAGGCCGACUUCCCGCGAGUCAGCAACCGAUGCAUGGUGACGGGCAUCGUUGCGCUCAGCACCACCGUCCUGUUCAUGUUGACCUUCAGCAGCAUGCGCCUGGCAACGUCACAGCAACGCAGUGCGUUUGCCGGUUGGCUGCAGGCCGCCAACAAACACGUGCAAACGCUCCGCGUCAACCCGGCCCUGGUCGGAGCGACGGACAUCGAUGUGCCCUUCAGCGGGAAGCCGUCGCCGUCCACAGCGCCGAGCAGCUUCCCCAAGCCGGCGCUGUAUCCCGACGGCUUCCGGCUCUCCAACCUCAGCAACUUCACGUUCGUCAUUAACAACGACGUGUGUGGGACGGCGCAGAUCGACAUCGUGAUGGUGGUCACCUCCAACACGCGCGCGCCCUCAGUGCGCACCGCCAUCCGCGCCGCGCUGCCGCAGCAGACGCUGGCCGAGCUGCGCAUGCGCCGUGUGUUUCUGCUAGCUGGGCUGCCGCCGCCGGCAGUGGAUGGUGAGUACGACCGGCGCGUGGCGGCUUCGCAGGCCGAGAACCACGAACACGGCGAUCUGGUAUCGGGCCACUUCCAGGACGCGUAUCGCAACCUCACCUACAAACACCUGAUGGGCCUGCACUGGGCCACCACCUACUGCCCGCAAGCGCGGUACAUCGUCAAGAUGGACGAUGACAUCGCUGUGGACGUGUUCCAGCUGCGCGAGCGUCUGUCGACGGCUCCCCGCCGCAUGACCGCCAUCGGCGCUUUGUUCGCCGGAACGGGGCCCAUCCGCGUACCCGACAACAAGUGGUUCGUGACGCGCGAGGAAUUCGCACCCGACUGGUACCCCACUUACAUGUCCGGCUGGCUGUACGCCAUUACGCCAGAUGCGGCGGCGCGGCUGGUGGCCGCCGCCGCCCAGAUGAAGUUCUUCUGGGUGGACGACGCCUUCGUGACGGGCGUGGUCCGUGAACGGGCCUUGCCUCAGCUGCGCAUGCUCGACAUGGACCAGCUCUGGGGUCGGCCGGACGCCACUGGCAAGUCCACCAGCCCGUUCACCAUGCAGAUCGACUGCAUUUACCAGUGCGCGGCCGAGCAGGAGGCUUCGCGGGGCCGCUGCGACACGCUGGUCGGCCCCAGCUGGAACAACCUGCUGGUGAUGCGCAUGUUCCUGAAGCAGGCCGAGUACUGUUACCGGCAGCGGUGCGGGCGCCGGCGCCUGAUGCCGGCUGCGUGUCACGGCGCCACCAAGCGCCGGCGCACCGGCAUGCCGCAGCAUCCUGAGGACCUCGGCGACGUGGCCAGAUAGCGGGCCGUCCGCGACACGCCGGCCGACGGCCGACCACAGCUCCGGCCGGAACAGACGCCCGGUCAGCCGACUGGCGUGUACCGGAACGGACGGCACGUCCCGGGUCAGAUUCAGACGUCCCGGCGCUGACGACGCCCCCCGGAUACGCGUCACGUUCCGAGACGAAUCACGCGUCACGGGACAGACGCGCGUCGCGUGUCGGAAGAAGCGUUCCGGGACAGUCGGCGAUAGCGACGUCGCCCGCGUGUCAAGCGCCGGCGUCCGGUGACUAAAGGCAGGAUCGGCGGGUGGCGCUCGGGUACUGGGUGGCGACGGUCCGUGGCCGGCGGGUCGCGUCGCAAAAAGUGCUGGCAGGGCUUGACACGCAACGUCAAGGCGCUGGCUGAUCAGCUGGGCGCGGUCUGGUGCGUGCGUGUGCUCCGUUUGUGAUAACUGGCAUAUGAACAGGAGCACGGAUUUGGUCGGAACGUCACGGAGUCGUCGGAUGGUGCUGAACCAGGUGUUGGAAAACCUGACGACAAGUGUUGUGUCCUAUUGUGUCAUGUCCCUUUGCUUGGUAUACGCUUCCACACCUGGUGGGAAAUACAAAGGAUUUUUGUA